UGGGUAUUCCUUUAUUUGCGCUAUAAAUUCUUAGUUUCAACGAUCUUCGGAUUGCAUUCCAUCUCUUGCUACUUUCCUGGACCUCAUCUCUGUUUCUUGGGAUCUCUUUUUCUACUUCACUGAUCAGUUCUUUUGUGUUUCUUGAAGGUUAAACUUCGUAGCUUUUUGCCACAAAGAUGGUGAUGAAAACAAAUGGAUUCAUCAAAGGAGGUUUCCCAGAUGAACUAAAGAGAGUCCUUCGAUCAGUAGGAUCUGAGUGGGGAGAUGUAGUAGAUGACAUGGAAGCAUUGCAGGUGGUGCCUUUGAAGGGGGCUAUGACUAAUGAGGUUUUCCGGAUCAUCUGGCCUACAAAGUGUGGUAAUCUUAAUCGAAAUAUAUUGGUUCGGAUUUAUGGUGAAGGCGUUGAAGCUUUUUUCAACAGGGAUAAUGAGAUCAGGACUUUUGAGUGCAUGUCGAAGCAUGGACAAGGCCCUAGGCUUCUUGGCCGGUUUGCUGAUGGAAGGGUUGAAGAGUUUAUUCAUGCUAGAACACUAUCAGCUGCUGAUCUUCGUGACCAUGAAAUAUCUGCUCUGGUGGCUGCGAAGAUGAGAGAGUUCCACAAUCUUGAGAUGCCCGGUCCCAGGACUGUACUCCUCUGGAACAGGAUGAGGGGCUGGCUGGUUCAGGCUAAAAGCAUGUGUUCAGCCAAAGAUGUGAAAGAAUUUUGUUUGGAUAGUCUAGAAAAUGAGAUCAAUAUGCUAGAGAAGGAGCUGUCGCACGACUAUCUAGAUAUCGGGUUUUGUCACAAUGACUUACAGUAUGGUAACAUAAUGCUUGACGAAGAGACAAGAUCAAUAACCUUAAUCGAUUUUGAGUAUGCAAGUUUCAAUCCUGUUGCAUAUGACAUUGCAAAUCACUUCUGCGAAAUGGUAGCAAAUUAUCAUUCCGAGACGCCACAUAUUUUGGACUACAGUAAAUACCCAGAAGGGGAGGAGCGCCACAAAUUUGUCCUUGCGUAUCUAUGUUCUGCAGGGAAGCAACCCAGUGAAGAUGAAGCGGAGUUACUACUUCAACAAGUGGAAAAGUACACUCUGGCAAGCCAUGUCUUUUGGGGAUUAUGGGGAAUAAUCUCGGGCUAUGUUAACAAGAUAGAGUUCGACUAUAUGGAGUAUGCUAGGCAGAGGUUUCAGCAGUAUUGGAUGAGAAAGCAAAAGCUCUUGGCAUCCUCCGAUAAAGCCCCUGAUAACCAUGUAGACGGAUAAGUAGUGUACGAUAGAUGAUAAGGGUACUCCCUGGUCAAAUCUGUGGAGGAACGCAGCACUUGGCUGUUUAUUCAGAGCAGAAUCUGAUUCACAGCUUCUGUAAUUGUGUUACGGUAUAUGCUUGCCUAGAUGUUAUUUCGCAAACAGAAAGUGUAAUUCUAUAGAAAAAAGAUGACGCUAUUGUACAUAAUAAGAUGCAGAUAGACGUUUUGUGAUUAUGAAGACAGAAAA